CAUUGAGCAUUCUACCCGCCAAUUCGAGUGCACACGAUCGCACUGGGGGUUCUAUAGUACUUCAAGAUCAAUUGAGUUCACCGGAAUAAGCGCCUGCACAUUUGCCCGCCAUGGGCCGCUACGAUUUUCGACCUCUUCGUGUCCGCGAAACCGCACAAGCAUUCUUCGAAACCAAACGCAACCAGCACCUCCCACCAUGGCAUUCAAUAAUCGGUGAUAUUCCACCCGGAGAGACUCUCGCCAGGCCAGUUCAGCGGGCACCGAAGGUGCGAGGCAAAGCAAAGAAACCCAGCCGCAUGUUCCAACCGCUCCCAAUAAAAUACCCUGAAGACAAACUACGAUCGGAAUUCUUUGGAGACCACCCAUGGGAAUUGGCCCGUCCGAGAUUGGUGGUCGAGAAUAGUGGAAAUGAUGCGAAGGGAUACGAUUGGAGCAAGAUUGUACAACCUGGAAAGCAGCUGGACGGUGAAAGUGUUGUUCAAAGACAAAUGUGGCUCAUGAAGAACAAAUCAUUCUCGAAAGCCCGCGCCUACGACGAGGCUCGACAAGAAUUCUACAAGCACCGACAUUUGGAGGACAUAAGACGGCGCAUUGCUAAAGAGGAGGCUCUCCACGUUGGUGCCUACUUCGGAAAGGGCCCGCUUGAAAUUGGCAUGGAGCUCGAAGACAAGAGCUUCGAGAACUGGAAGCAAUGGGCCGAGACUCAGAUCGAGAACGAGCAAGCAAUGCGUGCACAGAUGUUCUCAGGACCACAGCCAGGCGAUGAGUUGCCGUCAGGGCGGGAAGAAGAUGAAGCGUUAGAGGAGAUUGCAGAUUCGGUACCAGCUUCAAGCGAAGGACAGACGGCAAUGGCUGGUGCCACUAUACACCCAUAGGCAUUGGCAUACCCUUUUGUAUCAUUAAUGUAAAUUCUGUGUAGAUAUAAAGUGGGCGGGCAGAAUGCGCCGCAACUUUCUGCUACCUGAGCAUUUCCCAUUUUGAAAGUGCUUUACCAGAUACGAAUCUCGACACCACGAACGAUCAAUACAUAUCGACUUUACUUCACAAGAUCAGUAUCCUCGUUGCGGAAUUAUUAUAGUUCUCAAUCAAUGGCCUCUGCAUGUCCGUAGUCCAAAGCGUUGCACU